GGGCCAAAAACAUACAGCAUACGUUUCAACCUUUCUAGAGAGAGAGAGUGAGAGAGAAAACGAUCAGGCAAAGCAAAGCUCUUGCAAAUCUCAUGAACUGCGGAGUCGUGUUGGGUUUCUAUUGUUGGGGUUGGGAGUUCUUAACCGCCCUGCUUCUCUUCUCCUCUUAAUCAUCUCUCUCUCUCUCUCUCUCUCUCACCUAUAUAUUUCUCUCUCUCCUCUCUCUCUCAAGAUUUUUCAUGAUGAUGGAUUCUGGUGAAAACACUAGUGAUGAUAAUAAGGGUAGUGGUGGUGGUGUUGGUAGUUUGAUGGAGUAUGUGAUGAUGAGGAAGUCGUCGCCGCCGCCGUUCUUGAUGAAGACGUACAUGCUGGUGGAGGAUCCGGCGACGGACGCGGUGAUAUCGUGGAAUUCGGAGGGGACGGGAUUCGUGGUCUGGCAGCCGGCGGAGUUCGCCAGAGAUCUCCUCCCUACGCUCUUCAAGCACAGCAACUUCUCCAGCUUUGUUCGCCAACUCAACACUUAUGUACGUAUACACAAACUAUUACUAGUGCAACUCAACACUUAUGGGUUCAGAAAGGCGGCAACAAGCCGGUGGGAGUUCUGCAACGACAUGUUCCGCAAAGGCGAAAGAGACCUACUAUGCGAAAUUCGUCGAAGGAAAGCGUGGGCAAACAAGCCACAGUCGGCACCACCACCCCAAUCUCUGCCGAAAGAAUCCGACGAGGAUCAGAGUCCAUCAUCAACUUCAUCCUCCUCGGGGUACAGUAGCCUCGUGGACGAGAACAAACGACUGAAGACAGAGAAUGGGGUGCUGAGCACCGAGCUCUCGAGCAUGAGGAGGAAGUGCAAGGAGCUUCUUGACCUAGUGGCGAUGUACGCGACGGCAAGCUCGGAGAGGGAAGAGGAGGAAGAAGGAGAAGACAGCGACGACGAGAGGCCAAAGUUGUUUGGAGUGAGGCUGGAAGUUGAAGGAGGUAGAGAUAGAAAGAGGAAGAGAUCAGCAGAGAUUAAUGGAAAUGCUGCAAGGCUUUUGCUAUCUCAGUCAUGCCAGUAAUUUAGUACUAGCCAAUUAGUACUUAAUUAAGCAUAUGCUACUUGAAACCAAGUGGGAUUUGCACAUAUAGGUUUUAAGUUCUAUCAUCAAUGUAUGCCUAUAUAAAUAUAUACAUGUGUAAUUAAGCAUGUAAUUUGCAAUGCCUUAAUGAACUGUGAAGAUAGUUCAAGUACAAUUAGUGCAGGAUUUAUGUAGUGUCUUUUUAGAAGUGAGAAAAUAAGCACAAAAACAUUGGACUGGGAGGUGAAA